UCCUCAGAGGUUUCCAUCUACAAACAUGGCUCGUCUUCUUUUCAGCAAAGCAACUCUUGGCACCACCCUCGCCCUGUUACUUAUCCUUGCACUAACCAAAAACUACUCUAAUUUCUCCACCCAAACCCUCCUUUCAGUCACCAUUGUCCCAGUACUUGCUACCAUCUACUUUUUGCUGCACACCAUUUCCACGUCUUCCGCUGCCCUCCCUCCAGGUCCUCUCUCUAUUCCAAUAUUUGGGAAUUGGCUCCAAGUUGGUAAUGACCUAAACCACCGCCUUCUAGCUUCCAUGGCACAAACGUACGGCCCGGUGUUCCUCCUAAAACUUGGCUCAAAGAACCUGGCGGUGGUCUCAGAGCCUGAGCUCGCCACCCAGGUGCUGCACACACAAGGCGUCGAAUUCGGGUCGAGGCCGCGCAACGUAGUUUUCGAUAUUUUCACAGGCAAUGGACAGGACAUGGUGUUCACAGUUUACGGAGACCAUUGGCGCAAAAUGCGCAGAAUUAUGACUUUGCCGUUUUUCACAAACAAAGUGGUGCACCAUUACAGUAGCAUGUGGGAGGAAGAAAUGGAGCUGGUGGUUAGUGACCUGAAAAAGGAUGAGGAAUUGGUGAAGAGCAAAGGGAUGGUUAUCAGAAAACGUUUGCAGCUGAUGCUUUAUAAUAUCAUGUACAGGAUGAUGUUUGAUGCCAAGUUUGAGUCACAGGAAGACCCCUUAUUCAUUGAGGCAACGAGAUUCAAUUCGGAGAGGAGCCGCUUGGCUCAGAGUUUUGAGUACAAUUACGGCGACUUCAUUCCCUUGCUCAGACCAUUUCUAAGAGGGUACUUGAACAAGUGCAGGGAUUUGCAGCGCCGGAGGCUCGCCUUUUUCAACAACUAUUAUGUCGAGAAAAGAAGGGAAAUAAUGGCUGCUAAUGGGGAGAAGCACAAGAUCAGCUGCGCUAUUGAUCACAUCAUAGACGCUGAAAUGAAGGGAGAGAUUAGUGAAGAAAAUGUGCUCUACAUCGUGGAAAACAUCAAUGUUGCAGCGAUCGAAACCACUCUGUGGUCGAUGGAGUGGGCUAUAGCUGAGCUGGUGAACCAUCCUAACGUUCAGCACAAGAUUCGCCAAGAGAUCUCGCAAGUCCUGAAAGGAGAGGCAGUCACAGAAUCAAACCUCCACGAAUUGCCCUACCUGCAAGCCACCGUAAAGGAGACGCUAAGGCUACACACCUCGAUUCCAUUGUUGGUGCCCCACAUGAACCUUGAAGAAGCAAAGCUUGGAGGCUUCACCAUUCCCAAAGAGUCCAAGGUGGUAGUCAAUGCCUGGUGGCUGGCCAACAAUCCCAAAUGGUGGAAACGUCCAGAGGAAUUCAGGCCAGAGCGAUUCUUAGAAGAAGAAUGUGGUACAGAUGCCGUUGCUGGCGGGAAGGUUGAUUUUAGGUACUUGCCAUUUGGAAUGGGCAGGCGUAGCUGCCCGGGAAUCAUACUCGCGCUACCAAUCCUGGGCCUUGUGAUUGCCAAACUGGUUACCAAUUUUGAGAUGAAAGCUCCCAUGGGAACAGACAAGAUUGAUGUGAGUGAAAAAGGAGGGCAAUUCAGUUUGCACAUUGCAAACCAUUCAACGGUUGCGUUCAGCCCUAUCGUGGUGUGAUCUGAUGGGAUCCCAUGUAUCAAGGGGAUCACAAGCAAUAAAGUUUUUCAUUUCCAUACUAUUUCACUGUAACUGUUGAGCCAUGCAAAGUUGCUGAAAGAAAAGGUUUACCAUAUUGCAUUUAUUUCUUCA